GGAUCUCUGUGGUCUGAUUAUUUUAAAUGAUGCCAAACUCAAGUCUUUUGAAGAAUCAGGCGUUUCCUCGGCCCUGAAAAUAAAAGACGGGGCUGGAAAGGCGGCCAAAUCCUAAUUCUGGGCACAGUUGGUUGCAGUUUUUGAAAGGGAUGUGACCAGUUUCCACAGACAGAACCGACCAAGGGACUCUAGGACCCAGAGGCUGCACGCGCGGCGAGCAGGGCCGGCUGUCUCCUCUCGGACUCCCGGCGUGGCGCGGAGCGCCUGUCUCAGGGCGCGGGUUCGCGGCCCGCCGGGGGACCGUCACUACAGAGACGCAGUGGGCAUUCUGGCGCGCCGGCGGCGCACGGCGCGCGUGGGCGUGUCCCAUCGGGGCCGCGCCGCCCGCCCCACCCCAGCCGGGUUGGUUACCCCCCAGGCCCAGUUCCAACGCCCGGGCCGGUCGGCCGGGCCCGCGUGCCCUCGGCGGGCUGCGCACAGCGCGGGAGUUGGUCGGGGCAGGGCAUGUCAGGAACCCCUAGGGUAACCGCCACUGCCGCCGCCGCCGCUGCUGCCGCCGCCGCCGCCACAGCCACGGCCACAGCGUCCGUCCCCGGUCCGCCCCGCUGAAGCGCGGAGAUGAAAUUCCCGGCCUCGGUGCUGGCGUCCGUGUUUCUGUUUGUAGCCGAGACGACGGCGGCGCUCUACCUGAGCAGCACCUACAGGUCAGGCGGGGACCGCAUGUGGCAGGCGCUGACGCUGUUUUUCUCGCUGAUGCCAUGCGCGCUAGUGCAGCUCACCCUCCUCUUCGUGCACCGCGACCUGAGCCGCGAUCGCCCGCUCGUGCUGCUACUGCACCUGCUUCAACUCGGGCCCCUGUUCAGGUGUUUUGAAGUCUUCUGCAUCUACUGUCAGUCAGGCCACAGUGAAGAACCUUAUGUCAGCAUCACCAAGAAGCGGCAGAUGCCAAAAAAUGGCUUCUCAGAGGAGAUUGAGAAGGAGGUGGGCCAGGCAGAAGGCAAGCUAUUUACCCACCGCUCUGCAUUUAGCCGGGCUUCAGUGAUCCAGGCUUUUCUGGGCUCCGCCCCCCAACUGACCCUGCAGCUGUAUAUAAGCGUCUUGGAGCAGACCAUCACUGUUGGAAGAGGCUUCCUCAUGACCUUGUCCCUGUUGUCCAUUGUGUAUGGAGCUUUGCGCUGCAACAUCCUAGCCAUCAAAAUCAAGUAUGAUGAAUAUGAGGUCAAAGUGAAGCCUCUGGCCUAUGUCUGCAUCUUCUUCUGGAGGGGCUUUGAGAUUGCCACACGAGUCAUUGUCCUGGUCCUCUUUACCUCUGUCCUGAAGACCUGGGUGGUGAUGAUCGUACUCAUCAACUUCUUCAGCUUCUUCUUGUACCCCUGGAUCAUCUUCUGGUGCAGUGGCUCCCCAUUCCCCGAAAAUAUAGAGAAGGCCCUCACCCGGGUGGGCACCACCAUCGUGCUGUGCUUCCUCACUUUACUGUAUGCUGGCAUCAACAUGUUCUGCUGGUCAGCUGUACAGCUGAAAAUUGAUGACCCUGACCUCAUCAGCAAGUCCCAGAAUUGGUACCGGCUCCUGGUGUACUACAUGUUGAGAUUCAUCGAGAACGCCAUCCUCCUGCUCCUGUGGUAUCUUUUCAAGACUGACAUUUAUAUGUAUGUGUGUGCACCUCUGUUGAUUCUGCAGCUGCUCGUUGGGUACUGCACAGCCAUUCUCUUCAUGCUCGUGUUCUACCAGUUCUUUCACCCUUGCAAAAAGCUCUUCUCCUCCAGUGUUUCUGAAAGCUUCCAGGCAUUUCUCAAGUGUUCCUGCUGGAGACGGAGGCAGAAAUCCUGUGAGUCCUUAGAAGAGACAGACCUGAGGUCAUCCAGAAAACAAGAGGAGAUGCCUUCUAGCAGUAAAAGAAGUCCUGAGCCCAUUCAUAUCUUUAGUGCUGAAGAACUGUGCUCUGCUUAAGGGACCCAAGGUCUCUCAGGGCACAGGCAUAUUGUUUUCUGGGUUGAUACCUGUUCUUCAUGUAAGCGAUGAGCAUUGCACAGGGAACCUGGCAGGAAGUUAGCUGUCAACUCCUCAUAAGCUGCUGCUCUUUAGGUGCUCUUGGGUAUGUGGGAACUAGGGGGAGAAGCCAGGGACACUUGGUGCCGAAGGAGAAGCCUAAAGCACAACAGUUUACAGGUGACCAUGUUGUGUUUUUGCAGGUCUUUUUGGCCUUUUCACUGACAGAGUACCCUUGAAGUCUGAGUUAGGCUGGUUAGAUCCAUCAGGUAGAAUGAGGCAAGGGGCUUACUUGUUUUCUAGUUUUCUGGAUUAUUAGUCUGAUAGCCUGAUAAUUUGUUUCCCCCAAACUUAGUUUUUACCCAAGAGCUGUCCUGAUGACCAGAGAAGGUUACUAGGGUUUUGCCAUCAGCAACAUCAUUCCUGUCAGAGCUUACAGGGAGGGUUGUUCAAGUUUGGUUUUUGAAUAGAUACAUGUUCUAUUUUCAUCUCAUUAGGGCUUUUUGUACAUAACCAACUAUAGCCACAUGGCAUGCUAUCAUCUGUAAUUGAUUUGAGACCCUAGAUUUGGAAACUUGAUUCCCUAGGAUCCAUGGCUGCAACAUUGCAUUCUAAAUUUGGUUAUGGAAGCCCUAGAUUUUUAGGAAAGUCGUGUUCCUUCCAUAUGUUGAAGAAAUUGUGGAUCAGGAAGGUUGUUAAAACAUCAAAAUGAUGGAGGCUUAUGUAAGUAGAAUUCCUCCCUUCACAGAAUGUUUGAAGAUGUGAGUCAGCUUGAAGGCAGGCUUUAACCUCCACAAGGUUCAGUCAUGUCGUACAGUUCUGGGAAAUUUCUAGUAGAAUUUGCUAGGAUUCACCUUUUCAGGAAAGAAUUAAAUUAAAGUGAUAGUUUUCACUCUGGCCUCCCCCUUCCAUGUUUGUCAGGAAAGUUUGAGACAAGAGUUACCUCAGUUAACUUAAGUUUUUCUAGAAAACCCUGCAGAAAUCUCUUGCCCAGUGCAGGUAUAUAGGGCAUUUUAAUUUUCAUUAUUUGAAGGGAAAGGAUUUUCCUCACCACCCACCCCUAGAUAGUGAUUGACUUAAGAAACAUUUUCAGUAAAUAGAGAUGACAUGACUAGAAGACUUUUUUGUCCCUCAAGGAAUACAUUUUGGUUUGGCAUAAUUGUAAGUUAAUUUGAACAAGAUCUCCAGUUUUAUCAUCUAUAUAAUUUCUUCUUUAAUCUAGAAUUCUCUUGUUUCAUUAAAGAGGAUUGGCUAGCAUGUUCUCAAUUGUCUUUUAAAAAAAUGCCUAGUGCUAGUGCUAUUAUUUCUACCUUUUAGCAUCUUGAUAAUAAAAUACCUGGAAACGGGAAACCAUAAAGAUCACACUAAUUUAGAGUGAGGAUGAAAGUAAGACCUGAGAAAUUUACAAAGAUAACUCAUUUAUGGACUCUACUUUACCAGAUGGAACAGGAAUCCACUUCUCUGACUAUAUGAAUGCACAAGACAUACUUAUUUGGCCAUCCUGAUUCUGAUAAUUUUCCUUUUUAAUUUUUUUUGUGUGUCAAAUAUAUAAGUAAUUUCAUACAGAUGAAAAUGUGAUUCAGAAGUCAAUUUCCACUACAUUCAUGGGUCCAUGAAACAAUAAAUAUUAUUUCACAGGAUCCAUGUUCUUUAAUAUUUUACACAAUUCUGUAUAUAUUAAUUAGAUCCUAAACCAUAGAGCCUCGAUUUUAGUUUUAUGAGAUACCUUUCCUCAUUUGAAAUUCUUUUGAUUUAUCAAUAUUUAUUGUUUAAUUUUGUAGGAAUGCCCAUUUUUGUCUAUUUUUAGCCAAAUAAGAAUAAAUUCUAGACUGUGUCAUACACUUGUCCUAUUUUUAAUAGGCUAGAUAAACUGUGAGCAUACAUCAUCAAAAGAAUACAUCAUACAACAUAAACUUCCAUGUACUUUCCAUGGGCAUGGAUACACACUCAUACUAUAGAAAAACACCUUAGAGAAUAUAUAACAACUUCAGGUUAAAGCUAAGAUGUUAAAACCUUAGAACCCUUUUGUUCUUUAGGGUUCUGUAGAUAACAGCAAAGCCAUUUCUAUGUCAUUCCAAGUGUUUCUUUAAUAUCAAACCAGUUCCUUCUGUUUAUCGACACCAGAUAUUUUCAAGCUUUUUUAUGAGGAAGGCAUUCUUGCCUUGAAGCUUUGCAGUGGCUGAUGGUAGGAGCAAUGGUGCCCCUUUUCCAUCAGAAAUGCUUUCGGGUCAUGCUUUGGGAGUGAGGACUUAGAGCAGCCACCAGCCUGUCACUCAGGAGGCUUGUUCAGAAUUAGACAAGGAUGGAAAGAAGGGUAUUUCUCAGCUUUGGUUUAUAACCUUGCCACCAAAACCCUUGCAAAAUGUUAAAUUUCAAAUACAUUGCAAAUCACUUUAAUUUAGAUGAUGAUAAACAUUAUUUUAUUUUGUUACCAGGGAUUAAACCCAGGGACACUUUACCAGAGAGCCACAUCCC